AUGCCAGCGCCACUCAGACCCGUCCCUGUUUUAGCACUUAUUUUACUAUUUUUCAUCAGUUUUUAUGAGGCCACUUUAAAACCACAUCUUCUGGGCAGGCACAGAGUGACAAGGAGUUUGUCCCAACCAAGAGCUCUGUCCUACAAAACUUUGUAUUUUGAUCAGCAGAUUGAUCACUUUGGGUUUUUGGAGAAUGGCACAUUUAAGCAAAGGUACCUCGUUAACGACCAGCAUUGGCAUCAGAAGAACGGCCCUAUUCUGUUUUACACCGGCAAUGAAGGAGACAUUGAAUGGUUUUGCAACAACACUGGUUUCAUGUGGGACGUAGCAGAGGAACUAGAAGCCAUGCUUGUUUUUGCAGAACAUCGCUACUAUGGACAAUCCAUGCCGUUUGGAGAUGAGUCUUACAGUAAUGCUAAGUACUUGAACUACUUGACAUCAGAGCAGGCUCUAGCAGACUUUGCAGUGCUGAUCAAGUACCUUAAAAAGACUACACCAGGAGCCCAAAACAGUCCUGUCAUUGCCAUUGGAGGUUCUUAUGGUGGGAUGCUGUCUGCCUGGCUGAGGAUGAAAUACCCCAGCGCUGUUAUCGGUGCUUUAGCUGCAUCUGCACCAAUCUGGCAGUUCACUGAUAUGGUGCCCUGUGGUGAUUUCUACAAAAUAGUCACCCAAGACUUUGCCAGUAGUGGAAUCAACUGUAGCAAAAACAUCAGGAGGUCAUGGACGGCUAUUAACAACGUGUUGUCCACAGCUGAAGGUCUGCAGUGGCUUUCUAAGGAGUUUGGCCUGUGCUCACCACUGAAGGAAGAGGAUGUAAAUGAUUUCAAGGGCUGGCUCCAGGAGACCUGGGUGAACUUGGCAAUGGUUGAUUAUCCUUACGAGGCCAACUUCCUCCAGCACCUCCCACCUUGGCCCAUUAAAGUUGUCUGCACACACCUUCAGUUUGAUACAGGUGUGUCUGACAAGCAGCUGUUACAUGGCAUCUCUCAGGCAGUAAGAGUCUACUACAACUACACAGGAAGUUCUGUUUGCCUCAACAUAUCAGAGACAGCUACUGGAAAUCUGGGCAUCAGGGGCUGGUUUUAUCAGUCUUGCACAGAGAUGGUAAUGCCUAUGUGUACAGAUGGCAUUCAGGACAUGUUUGAACCUGAGCCUUGGAACUUCCAAGCAUUCUCUGAUGAGUGCUAUGGUCUGUUUGGUGUAAGGCCACGGGAAAACUGGGCUGAAACAGUUUAUGGAGGGAAGAACAUUCACGCUCACAGUAAUAUCAUCUUCAGUAAUGGAGGCCUUGAUCCGUGGAUGAGUGGUGGAGUUACGAAGAGUAUUUCUGACACCCUGGUGGCCAUUAUCAUUCCUGAUGGAGCUCACCACCUGGACCUGCGCUUUAACAACCAGCAUGACCCACAGUCUGUGAUCAGUGCUCGAACACUGGAGGUGAACUACUUUAAGAGAUGGAUCAAACAGAAUGCAAGUGUACGAUAACCACUUGGGACAAAACCUAUAGAUAGUGUAGAGCAUGAGCAAGUUGAACAAAAGGUUAAUUAUUUUUAAACUUAAGUCAAUGAGCAAGAAAAUGCUGUGUGCCAAAGUUGGACCAAAGAAAAUGUGUUUGAAUCUAGUUAGAUUUUAAAAAGUGUCAAAGUUUUAGGUGUUUUGGAAUAUACUGACAGAAUACAAAUAAAUUAUGAGCACAUUUUUACAUUAGUCAUUACCAUAAUUUUAUUACUGUUCUACCUAUUUUUGGGAUCUGUGUGAUCUGUUUGAUUCUGUGCUUUUCAAAAAACAUUACAAUUACAGAUAAAUUAUGAGCAUGUCAAACUGGUCAUUACAAUAAUAAUAAAAAAAACUUUGACCCACUUUCAGUUGUAAUGCACUUCCAUAAAAUUAAAUCAAAAUGUUGAAAUGACUUUCUUGCCAAUGCUUCCAUGUUAUUUAAUGCAAACUCAACAGACACCAAGCAAUAAAGUGGCUUGUGGGAGGCUAGUGGUGUAAAGCACAGAAUCCUUGCUUCAUGCAGUCUGAGCCACAUGACCUCCCCAUUCAUUUACUGGCAACCCUAAGAUCUCUGAACUGCUGCACCUUGACACCCCUUCAUCUACAGCAAGCUGCCCCCUGCCAGUAGAAUUAUUAAUACUACAACCAUAGUGCAAAGAAGUGUUUUAGCUUAAUGGUGAGCUGGGGUUGAGGGGUGAGG